AUGAGUAUGCUGAUGUUACCAGACAAAAAGAUCUGCUAUCUUCUUCCUCUUUCCCGCGAGUUGCCUUCGCCAAAGAGGCUCGAAAAUGACCUUGACCACGCCGAGGUAAGGACACGUAAGCUACUUUACGAGCACUCAAUGUUGCAUAUGUGGGAAUCUGUUUGGUUAUUUUCUUGCGGACCGUUCAGUGAAAACCCAGUUAUCCUAGUCGGAAACGGUUCCAUUAAAAGUAAACGAUAACGAAGAUAUACAUCAAGAAACAUAUGUUUCAAUAGCCAGCUUAAAGAAUGUGAGUUUCCGUGAGGAUUGAAGCCUCAGGUCUUCCAAUUCCUUUGCGGUAUGCUCUAUUUUAUAUCGCUCAUGUAGAUUUCAUGUAAGCCCCGGCUAUAAGAAUACUGAUUAUAAUAAUGUAAACUGAGGGAAAUAACCUUUUUCUGGCAGAAAAACUCUAGUGACGAGACCACUACCAUUGACAGCAAGUGGUCUGUGGACAGUGAGAUAACAAAUCGAUCCAGUCUGAGCGAAGAGUUAAAAAACUUCUGUCCAGACUACCCGAUAUAUCGAGUCCACACCAUGGAGAACGCAUCUGCAUCCGAAGAGACUGAAACAGAUGGUAAGAGGUGUAGUUAAAGACGACGCAGUUGUACUAACCAUUUUUAGCGAGAUCAUCUCUCAGCUACCCCAUUCUGCGUAAGUCAAUACUGCCCCCCAUCCUCCCUUCCCAAAAACUCCACUCCUUAACUUGAGCCACAAGUUUCCCGUUAUGAAGAACCCUUUUUCGUACUCUAUAGAUUAAGCCCCAAAUACAAUACAUAUCGAGCCGAAGUAUCGCUUUUCUCCUCAAAUAUCAAAAUUUAUGAGAUGUGAUACGAAAUGCUCAUAAACAAUUCCCCACACAAAAACUAUCAAAGUCCCUCUAUGAUUUGAAAAACGUCAUGUCCCUUUUCAACAGGAGCAAAACCUCGAAGUCGUCGAUGGGUGUACUCGCCAAUUUACAUCUCCAGAGUGUGUCCAGGUGGAAAAGGCUAUUUGAGCUACUCCGACAGGUCUUGUUGCAGUAGGGUUGGUGGAUACUGGCAGUUGCGUCAUAGGGUUUACUCUCGUACAUGCUAUUCUGUCCGCUAUUGUUACAGGUGGUGGUGGUUCGGGUAUACUUGCCGAACACGGCACUACGUAAACUACGUGUAUUGUUACGAAUAUAAAUGUAGGGUCUACUAAAAUUCUACGAGGAAAUCUG